UGGCGCAUCACGACGGGGGUGGGGUAGGUGGGUGGGGGGCACGGCAACAAAAGCCUCGCAGCUCGCCGCGCUCGCCUCUCGCUCGGCCUCUUGCCGCCACCAGCCGCCUACAGCCAACGCCGCCUCGAACCAUGGGAGACGAGAAACCCAAGGAGGGAGUGAAGACGGAGAAUGAUCACAUCAACCUGAAGGUGGCGGGCCAGGACGGCUCCGUGGUGCAGUUUAAAAUCAAGCGGCAUACUCCUCUGACCAAGCUGAUGAAGGCGUACUGCGAAAGACAGGGGCUGCAAAUGCGUCAGAUAAGAUUUCGGUUCGACGGGCAGCCCAUAAAUGAAACGGACACACCAGCACAGUUGGAGAUGGAAGACGAGGACACCAUUGAUGUUUUCCAGCAGCAGACAGGAGGCGGUUGCUAAGCAGACAGUGGCAGUACCUGGCCUCCCACUGAGUAAAAAAACUUAAAAAAAUGGUCGCGUUUCUUUUUACUGUUCUGUCAACUCGGCCCCCGAAGUUAUCCCCCCACGUUCAAUAGCGUCGAAGCAAGCGGCAUUGCUGAAAUGGAAAAAGGACCAGUAUGUUGUGUUAACACCAUCUGGAAAUAAAAGUAAGGAAAAUGCAGUCAUUUACAAGGGUCCCGUAUCUACGCCUUCAGAAUUCUUGUCAGUUUUAGUAAUUAAAUCUUACUCGCUAAAUGGAGCACCUUCAUUUUUUUAAAUUCUCGCUAAUGCAUACAUUUUUCCAAAGCUAAUGCUGACAUACUGUAACUGCUGGUUUUGAUGGCAAUGGUGGCCAUCUUGAAUUAUGUACACCUUUCUGCAAGUGACAAAGCCCAAUUAUUAGGCCCCAUUGAUGUGUAGUGCAUUAUCCAAAAGACCCUGAGUGGAAGCCCACAUUGAUUAAUCUUUUUGUGAUGGUUUGUAAUUUCACUUUGUUUAAUUAGAAUGUAAUAAAUGGUCCUGUCCUAUACCAUUUGACUCUGAUGAGCAUUCGUUAUGAUUUAAAAGGAUUCACAAAGGGUUUGUCGCAUUUAAUUUUCCGUGCAUGUUGUAGUGAAUGCAGUCUGUAUUUGUGUAGAGGUUGGAGGAUGGAAACGUCUAAGAACAGCGGAGUUGAUCAGUUUCUACUGAAAAGGUGUAGCUUGGGAAUUGAGGUAGGAUUUGUGAAUCUUUUUAAACAAAGUGCUGCCAUUUUCCUCGCUAUAUUUUUAGCUAAGUUUUACUUUUCCAAGAGUGUACAAACACAGUAGGCUUUCAUGUUUAUUGGUCUUAUCUUUUGUUUACUUGUACUUCACGUUCAUUUAAUAAAGUGUUUAAAAGUUA